GCUUUAACGGCAUAGAAAAGUCUCUGAGGCCACUCUGCACUAAACAGUAUCCUACACACACUCUCUCUCUGCCUCUCUCUCCUCUUUUGCUGCAAUUCAGGGAUAGGGAGACAACUCCAGCAGGAGCAGAGGAAAGGCAUUCAUCACCCAUGCAAAAACAUAUACCCCUAGACAGAGAGAGAGAGACACAUCACAUACAUACACGUACGCAGAGAGAGAAAGGGUGGAAAAAGAGAGAUAUAUCGAGAUUUGGGCCUCUUUAGGAAAUCUUCGCGAAUCAGGGCGAUUUGAAAGCAAAGGCGGCGAGAAAUUAAGAUGGGUUUUGUGUGUACUCCACGGUGGAGUAAUUUUUUGGUCCAGUUGGUUGGUUGUUGCGCAAUUGUUUAUGGGCGUUUAAUGCCAUCAUCGAUGUCAUCAUAAAAAGAAAGGAAAAAAGAAACCCGAAAACCCUUUCUUCCGAAAAAACCAAAGGUGAGUUUAAAACGGUAUUCUUGAUAUGUUUUUCCAAAACAUCCCAUUUUAACUCUUGGUAUUUUAAAUGGAAAUAUGUGGUAUUUUUACAUUUAUCCGAAAAAAUGCUAUUAUCUGGAUAGUAUUUUUGAUAUUUUCGGUAUUUUUAUUUCAAACUUCUAAUUUUUCAAGACGACUCGUUUUACUUGACAUUGAAGUCUAAAUGGUAUUUUUGAUAUUUGAAGCGAAAACAAAUUAAUAUUUUUAAUUUAUUUGAAAAGAAAUAUAGCGUCAACCCACCUCAUUACUUCAGUGUUGAAUUGGGCUCCAGAACCGAGACUGUAGUACUGUGUUGGGUUCCUGUGGUUGUUUCCUCCUGGUUGUAUUCGAAAACUGGUCCACCACCGUUAAAAACAUGUCGUGGGUUUUAGAGAGAGAUGUGAUGGUUUAGUUGCGUAAUUUUGUCUCUAUUCUGCAACAAUUCUUGUCUCUGUCGAGGGAAUCUUUGGCAAGAACAGAAAUUGUGGGUGUUGUUUGCAUUUGGAGGGUUCUUUUGUCACAGGAGGAAAUGUGAGUUUGGUUUCUCUGGGUGGGUGUUUUUGGUGGGUUUUGCUUCCUUUGUGGUGGAGAAGAAUGAAGUUUAUGAAGUUGGGUUCGAAGCCUGAUGCGUUUCAUGCUGAAGGCAACACAGUCAGGUAUGUGUCAUCUGAGUUGGCGACAGAUGUGAUCGUAAACGUUGGGGAAGUGAAGUUCUACCUUCACAAGUUCCCUCUCUUGUCCAAGAGCAAUCGCCUGCAUAAACUUGUACUGAAAGCCCAUGAGGAAGAUUCCGAAGAAAUUCAUGUUGCCGACUUUCCUGGUGGGCCAAAAGCCUUCGAAAUUUGUGCGAAAUUCUGCUAUGGAAUGACCGUCACUCUCAAUGCGUACAACGUUGUGGCUGCCCGUUGUGGGGCAGAGUACCUUGAGAUGUCUGAGGAUGUUGAUCGAGGAAACCUAAUUUUCAAAAUUGAGGUAUUUUUAAAUUCCAGUAUCUUCCGCAGUUGGAAAGAUACCAUUAUUGUUCUGCAAACUACCAAAUCUCUACUUCCAUGGUCUGAAGAUCUGAAAGUAAUUGGGAGAUGUGUCGAUUCUAUUGCGUCUAAAACUUCUGUGGACCCAUCAAGUAUCACCUGGUCUUACACUUAUAACCGGAAGUUAUCGGCGCCUGAUAGAAUAGUCGAACAUGGGAUGAAAAUCCCAGAAAGAGUUGAUUAUGUUCCCAAGGAUUGGUGGGUUGAAGAUAUAUGUGAACUGGAUAUUGACCAAUACAAGCGCGUAAUGAUUGCCGUGAGAUCAAAAGGAAGAAUGGAUGGGAAUGUGAUUGGGGAGGCGCUUAAGACUUAUGUUAUGAGAUGGUUACCGGACACCAUUGAUUCGUUUGCUUCUGAAGUUCAUCUCAUGAGGAACAAAUCUCUGGUCGAAACAAUAAUUUGCUUAUUGCCUUCUGACAGAGGCUUGGGAUGUUCUUGUAGUUUCUUGCUCAAGUUAUUGAAAUUUGCUGUUUUGGUUGGAGUGGAUGAGACCCCAAGGGAAGACUUGAUAAAGAGGAUCAGUUUGAAGUUGGAUGAGGCUUCUAUUAAUGAUCUAUUGAUUCUGGCUCGGUCUUCCCAAGCUACAAUAUAUGACGUGGAACUUGUGCAGGCCCUUGUAGAUGGAUUUAUGUUACAUGAGAAAUGUUGCUGGGAAGCAAAAAUCACUGGCGAUUUUGUGUUAGGGCAUGGGUCAUGGUUGAAUGUUGGUAAACUGAUUGAUGGGUAUCUGGGAGAAAUUGCUCGUGAUCCGAAUCUUUCUCUCUCCAGUUUCAUUCUCUUGUCACAGUCAAUUCCUGAGUCGGCCAGACCAAUUCAUGAUGGAUUGUACAAAGCAAUAGACAUCUAUUUGAAGGAGCACCCAAACUUGACAAAAGCUGAAAGGAAAAAGAUUUGUGGGCUUAUGGAUGCCAAGAAACUGACAAUGGACGCAUCAAUGCACGCAGCACAAAAUGAGCUUCUACCUCUUCGAGUCGUGGUACAAGUUCUCUAUUUUGAGCAAGUUAGAGCAGCAUCCGUGGUUCAAAGACGGGAAGAUUCAAACUCCAUAACUAACGCCGAAGAAGAGUGGGAUAAAACUCUUCCAAACGAGUGCAGUGAUUCCCUUGGGAAACAGAUGAGUCGGUUAAAGAUAACAAGAGAUGGGAAUGUACGAAAGAAUGGGAAGUUAAGUAAGAAGGGUAGCAAAAACAGUCUAAGUGGCGUGCAGUUGUUGCGAUCUAGGUCGAGGAGAAUCUUUGAUAAGCUGUUUGUUGGUGGAAAAGGGAAUGGAUAUGGGGAGAACAGGAGCUCGGAAACGUCUGGUAGUUCUCCUAGCCCUACUUCAAUGAUUCAGGGGGAGACGAAGUCCUCCGGUUCUUCAUCCAGACACCGGAGGAACUCCGUAUCGUAGGGCGGCAAUUUCAGGUACAUUUGAAAAAACUGAGCAAGAAGUAUUGGGGGAUUUGUGUGGUGAGAGGUAGAUUCACCUGUUGCAAGUGUAAAAAGCUGUAGGGGGGGAUUUGUGUGGGGGUUUUUUUUUUCUUACUGUGUUAGUGGGUUUUGCAGCCAAAAAAAAAAAUUGUAAUUUGUUUCUGGAGUGUGUACGUUCCUCAUUUCUAGUGUCAAUUGUACCACUGUGUCUUUAUCCGUUUUAUGUAUGUCAGCCUUAGUUUAUCGGAUCCCU